AUGGCACUGAAAAGAAUCCAAAAGGAAUUACAAGAUCUGGGACGUGAUCCACCGGCUCAAUGCUCCGCUGGACCAGUAGGCGAUGAUCUGUUCCAUUGGCAAGCUACAAUCAUGGGACCUCCAGAAUCACCAUAUCAAGGAGGAGUCUUUUUCCUGACUAUACAUUUUCCUACAGAUUAUCCUUUCAAACCACCAAAGGUCGCUUUCACAACGAGGAUCUACCAUCCAAAUAUAAAUUCUAAUGGCAGUAUUUGCUUGGACAUACUGAGAUCGCAAUGGUCACCAGCUCUGACAAUAUCGAAAGUUCUGUUGUCAAUCUGCUCACUACUUUGUGAUCCUAAUCCCGACGAUCCUCUCGUUCCUGAAAUCGCUCGAAUCUACAAAACUGAUCGUGAUCGGUAUGUUCCUAUUACUUAUUUACUCCAGUGUAUUAGUUCUUUGCAAAUUAAUAUCUGA